UUGCCUCACUUGUUACAAGCUACCCAGCUGGCAUGAUGCGUAUACAAAUCUGUGUAGUUUUUGACGCUAAUUACUGCAGUACGGCCUAAUUAUAGAUUUCGGAGAUUUUCGUAUUAGUUUGAGUGCAAUAGUGCAAAAUGUGGGACUAUUGACGCAAGGGAGAUGCAGGAUUUAGAUACGGUUUCAUCUAAGAGCUUCAGUAACGAGAUGUCGCCAUAUUUAGGCUCGAAAUAUCAAAGCCCUAUUUCGUCUAGAUCGCCGAGUCCCUUAAUGGACCAAGCGAUUGAUGAAUCGAGCAAAUACGCCUCAGAAGACGAGAUCAGUGUCGGAUGUCCUAGUCCGGCGAUGCAGAUCUCACCGAAUUACCAAACGUCCCGGGAAAGCAGCCCCAGAUGUAGUAAACGACGUUGUACUGAUUCAGACCAAGAGGACUACUUCAAACCGUUGAAGCAACUCAAAAUGGUGGAAUGCGAUAGACGAUUGUCGCCCACAGUCGACGUAGAGGAGCGUCAAGAAGGUGUUAAAAGUUUCUCUAUAGCGGAUAUUUUGAACCACAAACCGACAAAACCUCAGUGUACUAGAAUAGUGCGCCCGUGGGACAUAGACCCUGCCGACAUCGAAGUGCACCAACAGAGACUGGAAUCUUUACACAGACAAUUCAAAGUGCAUCAGCAGCUGGCCUUUCUGAGGCCGGACUUUGCCGCGUUUAACGCGAGUUACACUUCAGAGACCGGCAGUGAUAGAUCGUCUAGCGUCGCUAGCGAUUGCUGUUCUCCUGAGCUAGUGAGUUCGGUACAGAGGCAAAAGCAACACCAGCAACAGCAAGGAAAACAACCGGGUGCUACACCGUUGGAUGCUCUGUUCCAGAUGACUUCUAAGACCUUCGACUCAUCUGCGGGGGAAAGUAGUGCAGAUGGUCAGAGCCACCUGAACCUGUUCAACUCGCGGCAGCAGCCGAAAAAGAAGCGAAAAUCCCGGACCGCGUUCACCAACCAUCAAAUCUACGAGCUGGAGAAAAGAUUCCUCUACCAAAAGUAUCUCAGUCCGGCUGAUAGAGAUGAAAUUGCCGCGAGUUUAGGACUGACGAAUGCCCAAGUGAUAACGUGGUUCCAGAACCGACGGGCCAAGCUGAAAAGAGACCUGGAAGAGCUGAAGAAGGACGUGGAGAGUACAAAGUAUUUGACCGUCCAAAAAAGCUUCCUGGAAAAUGUACAAGAUUUGGGCGUCUUGAAAAAGAAGCCGGUUGUAAAUGAGGACGAUUGUCCGAAAAAUUUGGUUGUUAGUUCCGAUAAAUAAAUGUUAAGUUUUUUUUUAUGUUUUGUACGUACUAAAUAGCGUUAGGUGUUGAUCUUUCUUGACUUUAUUCUCUUUAUCCUCCAGAGAGGAUGUUUUACUAAAAAUGAAUGUUUUAAUUCUUCAAGAAAUAGUUAGUAACCACGAUGCGAUAUGAACAAUUUUUUCCAAAUGUAUUUAUGGAUUCCAUGUAUCUAAAUAUAGUUCUACACUUCACAUUUAAUAUUUUGAAGUAAACUUGAUUGUAGAGAUUUAAGGGAUUUCAUGAAUAUUAAAUAGAAAUUCAUACAGUGUGUUCGAAUUUGAUAUGAAGGAGACAAGUAAAUUUUGCUAGUGUUUUGUUUUUAUACGUGUAAUUUAUCCAAAUGCGUCUAGGAUUGGUACUGUAUAUUUUUUUGAUAAAUUUAAUAAUUAAUACAGUUCUAAGUGCAUUUUGUACUUAAGUCCUGUUAAAUAUUUUAAAGUCCAAUUUUUGCGACAAUAAUCCUACCGACAAUAGUAUAUUAUGCAACAAGUGCGGUAAACGGCAUUUGACUCAUGAGUUUAUUUUACUCGAGCGGAGCGAGUGUUUAAUAAACGAGUGAUUUCAAAAGAUAACCGAACGUGUUGCAUACUAUACUUUUUCUACGACCGUUAGUUUUUCGGUACAUUUUCGCAAAACAAUACGCAAAACAAUACGAAUACACUCACUGACAUCAGACCGUCAGAAUUAACAAAUGUCAAAAUUCAAGCCGUGCGGUAAAACCCGGAAAUAUCCGAAGUGGCUCGGAUCCGUGGGAAACGAAAGUGACGUGGUAAAGUGACACUUCCAGCAUACUAGAUCGGUGUGUAAUUAGGUAUUUUACAGACGGGAGUAGAAAAACAUUUUUUUAUUUAUUAAUUACAUACCGGAGGAAUAACUCUUUAUACGAUUUUUAUAUUGGUUGUUGUAUUGGUUAGAAUAACUAUUUUUUCUAUAAUUUUUUGUCGAAAGAGAAACUUAUUUGGAUUUGGGCGUAAAGGGUGCAAAAACUACAUCAUGGGUAAAGUCAAUCAAAGUUCAAAUUUAUACACACUGUAAAGCGUGAGUCAACGAUAGAGUAUUUCAUUGGUUUCAAAAUUUAUGAAAAAAUGGUAAAAGCAAAACAGAAAUUUAUUUGGAUUUGAUCGUAGAGGAUGCAAAAACUACAUCAUGGGUGAAGACAAGUUCAAAGUUCAAAUGUAUACACACUCUACAGUAAAGUUCAUUUUCUCGUAAGUUUCAAAAGUUAUGAGAAAAUGGUAAAAAUUGAAAUAUUGAAAAAGCUAAUAUUUCAAAACAAAAUUUAAAUAUAGGGUAUUCCAUUAAUAAAAUAUAUGUUUCAUUCGUUACGUUUCUUAGGGCCGCCAUGUAUACAUUGGGUAAAAUGAUUUUAAAUUGUGCAUCUUAAUCUGUCCAACUUCCUGUACACGCAGAUUAACAAGAAAUAAUAUUGGGAUAAAUUUAUAAUUUUGUUGAUUUACAAUUCUUUAUAGUUUUAAAAUAAUGUGGAAUAUUCGUUUCAGGUCAACAUUGUAAAGCACUGUAAAUAUAAAAUGUAAAUACUGUAAAAUAUAACGAGAUGUACUGUAAAACGUGUAAAUUAUAUUUAAACGAAAUGUAUUUAAUGUAAUAUUUAUUGAUUGGUCCGUAGAACGGAAAACUUGCAAUAUAUAUUUCCACGUACGUACGUAUAGAAAAAUUUGAUGUCCGUGACAUGGCUUAACCUAUUUUAAACCUGCCGUACAGUUGAUGUAA